GUGAAAACAGAAGUCCAACGUCAAAAGUGGGAUUUUAGAUCAGAAGAUAAGAAGCUCAUCUUCCUAUUCUCUGCUCGAGAUCUCUGUCUCCGCAUCACCCGCGGAUUCCCGCCCGCUUCCUAACGAGUAACUAUCCCACUUCCCAGCUGAAACCUAUCCCCAUCCAUGGCGUCCACCAUAUUCAGCACUUCGUCGAGUCUCCCUACUGCCGUGAAAGGCUUGGAUUGCAACACCUACAAACCCACCCUGGGCAAUUUAAGGUUCAUCGCGUCGCCUAAUAGGAAAUCGAUCGCUGUUCCUUCUUCGUCUUCUCCGGCUCCGAAGCCGCUGUUUCCGGUGGUGAAAGCGACCAGCGAUGUACCGGUGAAGACGGGAUUGAGCGAUGCUGAAUGUGAAGCAGCAGUUGCCGCAGGGAACGUCCCCGAGGCGCCUCCUGUCCCGCCCACACCCCUUGCUCCCGCCGGGACUCCCGUGGUUCCUUCGCUUCCACUUUCCAGGCGCCCUCGUCGAACUCGAAGAUCACCUGCGCUUAGAGCAGCGUUUCAGGAAACCAGUAUAUCGCCGGCGAAUUUUGUUUAUCCACUUUUCAUUCACGAAGGCGAGGAGGACACGCCUAUUGGGGCAAUGCCGGGAUGUUAUAGGCUUGGAUGGAGACAUGGACUGUUGGAAGAGGUUGCAAAGGCCCGGGAUGUUGGUGUGAACAGUAUUGUACUCUUCCCCAAAGUUCCUGAUGCCUUGAAGACCCCUACAGGAGAUGAAGCUUAUAAUGAAUAUGGUCUAGUUCCAAGGACCAUCCGAAUGCUUAAGGACAAAUUCCCUGGUCUUGCUAUUUAUACUGACGUGGCUCUCGAUCCUUAUUCCUCUGAUGGGCAUGAUGGUAUUGUGAGAGAAGAUGGAGUCAUAAUGAAUGAUGAGACAGUACACCAACUGUGCAAGCAAGCUGUUGCACAGGGAUUCUAGAUACACGUCCUAAUCAUGGAUACUUCGAAUGAACAGGCUCGAGCAGGAGCUGAUGUUGUUAGUCCUAGUGACAUGAUGGAUGGCCGUGUUGGAGCUAUCCGUGGUGCUCUUGAUGAUGCAGGAUUUCAGCAUGUUCUAAUCAUGUCCUACACAGCAAAGUAUGCUAGUUCUUUCUAUGGCCCUUUCCGGGAAGCACUGGACUCAAAUCCACAUUUCGGUGAUAAAAAGACUUAUCAGAUGAACCCUGCAAAUUACAGAGAGGCUUUGGUUGAGGUUCAUGAAGAUGAAUCUGAAGGAGCUGAUAUUCUCCUGGUGAAGCCUGGUCUUCCGUAUCUCGAUAUCAUCCGGCAAAUCAGAGACAACUCACCUUUGCCGAUCGCUGCAUAUCAAGUCUCGGGUGAAUACUCGAUGAUCAAGGCUGGUGGGAUUCUGAAAAUGAUUGAUGAAGAGAAGGUAAUGAUGGAGUCCCUGUUGUGUCUCCGAAGAGCUGGAGCUGACAUCAUCCUCACCUAUUUCGCUCUGCAAGCUGCUAGAUGUUUGUGUGGCGAAAAGAGGUAAAAUGGCAGUGAACCGUUUUUUUUCUUCUUCUGCUAAACUUACUAGAUUUAGGUUGACAUUUUGAAAUUGAGUGCCACUCAUUGUAUAAAAAGGGAGUAGGGAGAGGGAUGAUAUGUCCUCGUUGUGUUGAUCAUUCUGUAUUUGUUUGGACUAAAUGAUAUAUGAUCUAGUUUCAACAAUUCGAGUUGUAUCUAUUUGUAUCUCCUAGAGUUUCUUGUGUCUUGUGUUUGAAUUUCCAUAACUCCAAUUUAUUAAGCACAUAAAUCUAUGCAAAUUUCAAGCCCAGUGAGUUUGCUUU